AGGGAAUCAGAGUAACGGCUUCCCAGGUAGAUCUUCACUUGUCUGAGCAGAAGAGAUGCAGAUGCUGAGCAACCAUCAGACGGGUCGUUUCUAAAACCCAGAAGUACCUGGUUCUGAAGCAGGUAACAGGAAGAACAAACGGACAUAAACAUGUCUGUGCCAGAGUCUGUGACCCCAGCAGUCAGUAACGCCUCGGUUCCCAACCAGAGCAUGACCAAUCCAGGCCCCUGUAACCCUGGUGAGAGAUCAACUCAUCUCAUCUUCAUCCUAGUCUACAGUGUGCUCUUUCUGGUGGGCUUGGUAUUCAACAGCUUCACCUUGUGGUUUCAUUGCUGCCAACCUCAAAGAAACGGCUCUAAAAGCUUGAUGAUCUACCUGAAGAACUUGACAGCAGCCGACUUCCUUCUCUGCCUCAGCCUGCCACUUCGCAUCAUCCACUACGCAACCAGAUCUGUUACCAUUCACCUGCUGUACUGCAGCUUUGGAGCCUCCAUUCUGUUCCUCAACAUGUACUCCAGCAUCCUGUUCAUGGGCUACAUCGCUUUGAACAGGUAUUUUAAGGUGGUCCGUCCUUUUGGAGCCUUCUUCCUGCUGACUAAACGAGCUGCAUGCAUCACCUCCUUGACCACAUGGGUCUUUCUCCUGACUCCGAUGACAGCGUACUCCACCAUGCUGCUAAAAACCCUGAAACCCGACAUGUCAGGUGAAGAAAGCUGUGAGGACCUGCACAGUGAUUCCACCAAACUGAUCUAUAGAACUCUUCACAUCGGUGCGUCCACCAUCUUUCUGUUGGUGUUCUUCUCAAUGGUUUUCAGCUACUACAGUGCCUCCCGCAGGGUGUUGCAGGCUCAGCAGAGACAGUCCGCCUCCUGCAGCUCCAGAAUGCUCCAGAGGUCUAGGAGGAAAAUGUUGGUUCUCAUCUGCAUCUUCUGCAUUUGCUUCGUUCCUUACCACCUGAUCCGACUCCUAUUCACGUUUCUGCAGCAGCGCUCCUCAGACCGGGUGUUUUACUACCUCAUGGAGUUCGCCACCAUUGUUUCAAUUCUUAAUGUCUGCCUAGAUCCGCUGGUUUACUUUGUCUUCUGUAAGGGUUUUCGAUUUCAUCUGAGGCACAAGAGUUUCUCCUCUCAGAAGGAGAAGGAGGCCAGGAGGAGCAACGAGGAGCAGCUGCGGAGCAUUGACCUCAACAAGGACAAGACCCUCAGCACAACGUCACGGUCAACUAGUGAGGUUUAGCGUGUUAAAGACCAGAGGGUUCAGACUCAGAAAACUGAUGGAAAACUCAUUAAAACGUGUCAUUUUUAGCCCUGAAAAUGACCAAAACUUCUUAUGUUUUUGUAUGUAACAUUGUUUUGCUAAGUUUGUUUUCAUCAAUCUUGUAAUUAAAGGAACUGCAAUCUUCCUGC